UUUUCGCAUUUUGAUCGAAUUUUUUACUAAACAUAGAAUAGUCAAGCCGGAGAGACGCAAACGAACGCGUGGCGUAAUUUGAGUUGUGAAUUAUUUUGAUGCUCGCCAUGAACCGCUCACUAAACACAUCCACACACAUACCGCGAGCAGCAUUAGCGCUGCUCCUGUUGUUAACACUUACACACCAAAAUCUCACCUCCUCCUACGCGGCGGAAUCGGCCAACAGCAGCGUGAAUACCAAACAAAUGCAAGCCAUCGAAAGCUACAUGGAUUUCACAGAGAAUCCCUGCAACAACUUCUACGGCUAUGCCUGUGGCAAAUGGGCUCAAGAGCACCAAACUGAAUACUACACCGAGGUGUCUGGUUUGAUCGAUCACAAAGUGAAUAAACGCCUCAUUGACUAUUUUCAAGACUAUCAGCUGCAAGGCGACCCCCAAGUGGGCAACGAGACGAUCAAUGAUAAGAUUUACCUCUACUAUCGCACCUGUAAGCGCACAAAGAAUUUACAUAUACAACGCUAUCUACAGUUGGUGAGACCUAGUGCUUACGUAGAUUGGCCACUGAUGUCCGAGAUCAGUAAAGCUAACGCCACCUGGCCGGCAAAACGCUUCAAUUGGCUAUUUACGCAAGCUAAACUACGCCGUUAUGGGUUUAAGGGUGCGCUCUUCGAGCAUAUCGUUUUGCCAAGGCAGGAGGAAAGCAACGUAUACAUUAUCGAUUUAGAUAAACCAGAGAUGAUAAAAAAAGAGAGUUCCGGGCACUUGUUGAAAGUUUUAGCACUACUCACCAAGGCCGGUGUACCGAAUAUGCGCGCGUUUGUAGUGGCCAAACAAUUACAGAACUUCGAGAAGCAGCUGAGAACGCUAAGCCUUACCACCGAUGAAAGUGAAGCUGAGGUACUGACUCUGCAUGAGUUGCAAGUCCGCAUGCCGGGCAUACCAUGGCAACUCUAUCUUCAGCUGGUUUUGGGCUACACGCUCAGCCUGGACUUUGAGGUGCAGAUAAACAAUUGGCAAUAUUUCGUAGCUCUCGACGAACUAGUAAAGCAAACCCAGCCCAGUUUGAUUGCCAAUUAUAUAAUGUAUAAAUUUCUUUACUACCUCAUCGCUGAUGGUGUGAACGACUUUACGAAGAUCGAAUGUAUGUGGGACGUACGUACCAAAAUGGAUUUGGGGGUAAAUUUUCUCUAUAAGCGUGAGUUCUACGGCGACGAAGCGAGCCACGAAGCGGAAGUUAAUCACUUAUUUGGAUUGUUGAAAGGCGCAUUUUUAACGAAGCUACGCAAAAACCAUAUGCAAUUAGAUGAGGAACAAUUGAAUUAUUUGUCCGAAAAACUAAACCGCAUGCGUAUAAAUAUCGGGAAUUUGCCGGCCGAUGUUAGCGAGCAUUUCAUCGACAAGCAUUACGCCGAUGUACAUAUGACCACGAAUGAUUACCACAAAAAUCAUAUGCAAUUGUUGAAAUUGCGCGCGAGUAAAGAAGACGAACUGCUGACGGCGCGACCGGUCCCAGCCGAACAGUAUUAUUAUAUUGGCGAUGGUGAUACGGCGCGUAGUUGUACGCCAUAUUAUUUGUUUCGCCAAAACUUAGUUGUCAUUCCAUUUGCUUUCCUGCAGACACCAAUAUUUCACCACAAUAUGCAUGACAUCUUGAAAAUGGGCAGCUUUGGUUUUGUGCUCACGCAUGAGAUUAUGCACGGCUUCGAUGGAAAUGGUAUACAGUUCGAUAUGUUCGGCAAUCCUCGUGCAGUGGGGGAUAGCAUUGCCGAAAAUGAGCACUUUGAGUCGUCGCUGAAGUGUCUGCAGCAAACGGAAACCGAAAGUGUGGAUGAGCGAUUUGCCGACUUCUUGGGGUUGAGCGUUGCUUAUGAUACACUCUUCGGUGUUAACUCCAGUUUAAAUGCGCGCCAGCCGAGUUUUACUGCCAUUCCCGCCAAGCGUUUAUUCUUCUUGAGCUUUGCUCAGUUUUUCUGUGGCAAUCUGAAAGGUAAAUUCACGGAUCACGAUUCAGACGAUAUUCGUUUGCAACUGUCCCUGAUGAAUUUCGAACCUUUCGCGGAGGCGUAUGACUGCAAGAUUGGCGAUGCAAUGCAUGGUCAAGAGAAGUGCACACUGUACCGUUAAGAAGAACAGAAGUUAUGAAAUUCACAAGCAACUAGAAUAUGAGUGUUAAGAAUAAGUAGUUAAAAAUAAUUUUAAAAAUAUUGUUUUAUGAUAAGAUGUACAUAAGCGCGUACACAUGUAGUGUAUACUUCUCCUUAUGUAUUAAAAUU